UUCGCAUCGAAAUUUGCAACUAUCAACAACCUUGAGCAGGAGAUUUCUUCCCUAAAGACUCGAGUUGCCGAACUUGAAGAGGAAAACAAGAUACUCAAAAAACAAAAUUUGGUUGACCUUCGGACAAAAGCGUUGACCGAAGCUACUGUUGAACUCGAGGCAGCUUAUCGUAAAAUCGCUGACUUAACGGAUAGUCAUACGGCAGCUGCAACGAACUGCAAGGAACUAAGUGACAAGCUCGACGAAACUUUUGCAUUGCUUCUGGCUGAAAGAGAACGCGUUUCCGUUGCCGAAGAAGAAAUUCGCUCUCUUCGCUCUGCAGGAAAUGAAGGCUUCAGCUUCCCCAUGACGAAUGAGCAAAUGGUUGCCAGGGAAAUGCGUGAAAAAGCUGCCUACGCACAAAAAUUGGAGCAAGAGCUUGAGGAGACGCGAAAACGACUUGAGGACCUAAGUAAACGUUGUGCUGGAAAAGACGAAGAGCUCAGAACGCAUAUGGAGAUCAUCAAUGUGCUGAAGGAGGAAGACGGAGAGGGCAGGCGAGAGAUUGCUGAAAGGGAUCGAAGAAUAAAAGAGUUAGAAGAUAUGGUGCAAGGAAUAUUUGACCGUGGAGAGAAAUCCGAAAGUAAGUGCAGCUUCAUGUAA